AUGAAGCUCGAAUUAUACAACGAUAUUGUGACAACAAUUCGAAAAUUUCAAGGAUUAUCGAAGGAUUGUCGAGAUUUAUUAAAAGAAAAGUACAGCAAUAUCCCAGUGAAUACACUGUACAGUAUAUUAUCCUUAGAAGUACAACAUAAAAUGAAAGUUAAUCAUAGCAAAUUAUUUGGACAUAAUAAAAAUUAUUAUGAUACUUAUGUGGAAGCUGUACAAAAUGGGGAACCUGUUGGAAUUUUAUUAAAAAUGGCAAAAGAUAUUGGUGCAACACCUGCACUGUUAGCUAGAAAUGUUCUUGAAAAACAUUGUGGAAAAGAUGACCCUAAUGUUUCUCGAAAUGAAGUUAGUAAGUUAUUCAAAGAUACUACUCUUAUACAGGACAAGGACCUUGCAUAUGAAGUCUACUUGUGCAUAUUAUAUGACAAUUCAUAUGGACCUAUAUCAGAUGCUAUUGGAGUUUCUGUAGGUCAGGAAUAUGAAUUAAAAUUACAAAACUACUUGACAGAACGAAAUCUUACAUUCCAUAAUGAGGAACAGUUAAAGUCAAGAGGAUAUGACAAAACUCCAGACAUAAAACUUGAAGUACCAAUAGCAGUAAAUGGUUUUGUAAUUAAUUGGAUAGAAUCUAAGGCAAGAUUUGGAAAUUCGGAAGUACACCAACAAUAUAUCAAAGAACAAUUUCUGAGCUAUUGGAAUAGAUUUGGUCCAGGGCUUGUAAUUUAUUGGUUUGGUUUCUUAGACAACUUAAGUAAUCCCAGUGAGAAAAGGUUCGUUAUCAUGGAUCACUUCCCAGAAAAUAUUACAUACAUGGAUCCUACUUGUAUUAAGCCAGUAAGUUUAUAA